AUGAAAGAAAUUAUUACUGAUUCUGAAGCUCCAACUUAUAAUAUUGAUAGUGAUGAUGAAGCUCCUUCUGAAUAUUUGAAUGAAAUAUAUGCCAUAAGUGAAGACACCUUUUGCUUUAAAAUUAUUAAACAGUUAGGAAAUGGAUAUUAUAGUCCUGGAAAUGGACAUAAAAUAAAAAUUAUAUAUUAUGAGUUGGGUUGUGAAGACAACAUAACAAGUGUAAAUGUGUACUUAGGAAAAAAUGAUAAGUUACCUUAUAUAUGCGAAAUUGCCGCAAAAUGUAUGAAAGAAAAUGAAGUGUGCAUUAUACAAGGUCCCAAAGAUUUUUCAAAGGUUUUUAAAAAUUCAGAAAUUAAGAACAAAUACGAUAAAACCCAUAAUUUUAAAGCAGAAUUUAAAAAAGGCUUAAGAUAUAAACAAAAAUGUGUAGACAAAUAUUCUAGAGACCCAUCAAUUAAUAAAUACCAAAAAAUUAAAAUUAACUCUAAUGAUAUUAAUUUGUUAAUCAAAAAAAAAAAAAUAAACAAAAAUAAAAAUGAAAAAUAUAUUGAACAGGUAAAUAUUAAAUCGAAUUUGAUAAAAAAUAUGAAUGACCUCAAAAAUAAUUGUGAUAUAAAUAUAGUACAUUAUGAUAAUGCACAAACAAAUAAUUGUAAUAAUAAUAGUAGUAAUGAUAAAUUAUGCUGUCAAAAUGGAACGCCUUUCUUCUUAAAUAUUGAAGAUAUAAAUAAUUUAAAAUAUAAAUUUUUAGAACAAUCCGAAUUGUGUACCUAUGUUAUUUAUUUAAAAGAAUUUAGAAGAGUCGAUAUUUUAAAUGAUGAUAAAACCAUUAUAAAAGAAAUUAUUAAUGAAGGUAAGGGUAUAUGUACUCCAAAAAAAAAUGAUUACAUUGAUUUUUUUAUAAAUGAAAAUAAUAAACAAGAAUAUAUACACACCAUACUUGAUAUAAAUAAUUUAAAAUAUAGAGGAUUAUUUCAAAUAUUACAACAUAUGAAAAAAAAAGAAAUGUCUAAAAUUAUACUAAAAGGAAAUCAAUGUGAUCAUAUAAAUCAAACAAAUCAAACAAAUCAAACAAAUGAAGAACAAAAUUAUUUAUAUAAUACAAUACAAACACAACAUAAAUUAAUAAAUAUAAAAAAAAAUACAUCACAUGAACAUGAUCAAAUUAUAAAUGAUCUACAAUAUUGCGAUGAGAACAAUCAAACAAUAAAUCAUAUUCAAAUGAAUCAUAUUCAUGUGAAUCAUAAUCAUAAUAUUAAUAAUUCUUGUCUAGAUAAUGAUACAAAUAAUUUAGAUACCAAUAUUAUUGAAAACAAAAAAAAAAAGAAAAGAAAAGAAUUAUAUAUCCAAUUAAUAGAUUAUAAAAAAUCCAAAAUUGUUAACAUUAAUUCAAUUAUAAAUAUAAAUACAAGUGAAAAAUUACUUUUAUAUAUAAAUGAAGAAAAAAAUAAAUAUAAAAUAAAUAAUAUAAAUAAGAAUAUACAAACACAUCAACCGUUUAAUAUUCCAACUAUAGAUAAUGAAUGUGAACUUAUAAUUAAAAUGACCUUAACACAUUUAGAUAAUACAAGAAAACAAAAUAUAUACUUACCAAUUUGUUAUACUAAAAAUAAUAAAAAUAUAAAACAAAAUAAAGCAUAUUUUAUUUAUUCAUAUGGUUCUUGUUUUACAUCUCCUCUAUGGUUUUUUCAUUCUCUACAAAAUUUGAAAGAAGGACAACAAAUUAUUAUACCAAUUGCAAAAAAUAAAAACAUGUUUAAACAAAGCCAAUUUCUUUAUCAUAUCAUAUAUGAAAAUGUAGGAAUAACAAACAAUGUAGAGAACAAUCAAAAGGAUAAUAAUAAUAAUAAUAAUAACAAUAAUAAUAAUAAUAACAAUAACAAUAAUAAUAAUAAUAAUACGAAUCAUCAAAUAAAUACACAAGAGAAACAAGGGGCAGACACAAAAAAAAAUUUGUACACUCUAAAUAGUUCUCAUGAAAAAAAUAUAAAAACAAACAAUCAUGCAUACAAACAAAAUAACAAACAUAAAAACAAUUUUAUAGAAUCACUUAUAUCCAACCGAAAUCAAGGUAAAGGUUUUUAUCUUAUUAAAAAAUUUAAAAAAAAUCAUGUCAACAAAUUUUGUAAUGACUUCUUUAAAUUGCAUCAACAUUAUAUGGAAAAAAAUAAACACGAAAAAAAAAUUAAAAGUAUCAAAAAUAUUAAAAAUAUUAAAAAUAUUAAAAAAUUAUUAAAUGUCCAUAACAAAAUCAACUAUUAUCAUAACUUGUUCAUGCAUUUUAAAUUUAAACUUUUUCAUAGAAAAAUUAUAAAAAGAAAAAGAAAAAAUAUACCAAUAAGCACAAAAAAUAUUAUCAAUAAUAAAUUAUUACAAAUAUGUAUGACUCAACAAAAAGAAGAAAAAAAAAAAAAAAAAAAACAAGAUAAAAAUCAUAAAAAGACAAAUGAUCUCUAUAAAGAACAAUAUAAAAAAAAAUAUAAUUCUACUAAAAGUUUUGAAAAAAAAUUAAAAAAUGUAUAUUUUGAUCGCUUUUUUUAUAACAAAGAUACUAUAUUAAAAAUAAAAGUUAUUAAAAUUAUUUGUAAAAAAAAAGAUCCAUGGAAUAUGAAUAUAUCAGAACAAAUAGAAAAUAUUAAAAUUUAUAAUGAUAUGGGUAAUAAAUUUACUCAAGCCAAAUUAUAUUACGCUGCUUCAAUUCAAUAUAAAAAAGCUUUUGAUAUAUGUAGAUUUUCAAAAAUAUAUAAUUUAAUAUUUGAAGAAAAAAAAAAAUUACAACAUAUACUUAAUGAUUAUCAAAAUAAUAAUCAUACUGAACAAACACAAGAACUAAAUUAUCAAAGACAACUACUAUCAUAUAUUGAAAAAAUAAUAACUAAUUUAUCUAUUACAUUUUAUAAAAUCAAUAAUUACAAUGAAUGUAUAAUAUAUGCUGAAAAAGCCUUUAUUAUUAACCCACAAAAUGUAAAAGCUAUUUAUUGGAAAAAUAUGUCAUAUUUAGCUCAAAAUAAAUAUACACAAGUUAUUCAAAAUUUAAAUAAUCCUUUUUGUUUAAACAAUGAAACAUUAUUAAAAUUAUAUAAUUCUGCUAGGUUCAUAAAAAAAAAACAUGAUACAAAUUUUAAUUCUCUAUUUUAUGCUAUGUAUGAUAACAAAAAAAUAUAA